AUGUCCGACGACGAGCGCGUUACCAAGCCCUUCAAGUUCGUCACUGGUGUCGACGCCCGUUUCCCCAACGUCAACCAGACCAAGCACUGCUGGCAAAACUACGUCGAUUACCACAAGUGCAUUCUCGCCAAGGGCGAGGACUUCGCUCCCUGCCGCCAGUUCUGGCUCGCCUACCGCUCUCUCUGCCCCAGCGGCUGGUACCAGAGAUGGGACGAGCAGCGUGAGGCUGGCAACUUCCCCGUCAAGCUGGAGUAA